UUCCAACAUUUCAAGUACUAUCCAAUAUCUUGUACCCCUUUUUACACUGUACAGAAAUCAAGCCUAGAAGAUACGUUUUUUGAUGUGCCCUCUUCACCCGAAGUCAAGAUAGAUUCCUCAUUUGAUUUUGACUCAAAUUCUUCCGAUAUGGAAAUAAGCGAAACUUCCAGCUCAGCAACAUUCGACAGUCGAAUAAAUUUUGAUGGAACUUCUUCCGAUGAAGACUUUUUUGAAGUUUCUCCCAAUCAUUCGGAGAGCAGAGAUAUAAGUGAGACUGAGUCUGUUACGAGUUGCUCAUCUAAAAUAAUCUACACUGACCAAGAGCUUGAUGACUCUGGAUGUUUUUCAAUCUCUGCUCAGAAAUCUAUGCGUGUUAACAACUCUCAAAUUCAAUGUAUGGUGAAUCAAGAGAACUUCAUAGACAUUCUUGAAAUGGAUGGUUUUAGUACAUCCGAUCCAGUUUUUAGUAAUAAUUUUGAAUACUGGGAUAGAAUGUUGAGUAGUAAUAGAUAUUUGAAAGAAGUCAAAGAAAGCAAUGUACAUCGUAAUAUAAUGGAAGUAGACACAAAAGAAAACAGAGAUCGUAUGGAACCAUAUCCUUGCGUUGAUCAGAAUAAACGCGGAAUGGAUGGAAAAUCUUCACAUGUGGCCAAAUCAGUAUACAACAGAAACAAUGCAAUGAAAUCACAAAUCAGUGAAUAUCUUCACAAAGUCGUCGAAAAUUUUAAACCGGUUGAGAUGAUACCCGAUAUUACUACCGGAGAAGCGUUAGAUGUAUUCAAUGUUACCAUCCCCAAAGCUGACAAUAAUAGCUAUGAUCAAAACGUGGAGUCAAUCAUGGAUGGUCCACAUGAACCGAAUAGCUCGCAAACGCAGUGUACCGGUACUUCAGGUAUAAUAACAGAAAAUUCGACUAGACAGUCAAACAACCAGAUAACGGAGUGCUUUUUUGAACAACAAAUACUCGAUUUUGGGAUUCACUCACUAACCGAUUCUAACAAUGUUCUAUCCCGGAGGGAAUUCCCCCUGAAGGACAAUUUUCAUUCUAAUAUUAAUAAGGAAUUCCCAAUUGACAACAAGUGUUCCAUAGUUCAGUCCUCCUGCUCAAAUUUAGGUACCAGUAAGAUCAGUUCAGUACUGCCAAGUCUGGAGGUGGAAUAUUCAUUAAACUUAGAGGAUAUACCUCAACGACAAAGAGAACUUAUAUCAGCAAUUACACAAAUUUUUCAGCGUCUAUCUCAAUUGGAAAUUGAGGGGAAUCAACUUUUCUUACAAGUUAAAUCUAGAGCCACCUGGGAGCUUUGUUCUGUGCAAAAUGAAAUUUUAACCAGGUGCAGCACUCCGAUAGACAGUAUUAAAACCAUUCGAUAUAAUUGCAAAAAUGGACAGCAUAGGUUUCAGUUAAUAUUAUUCCUUUUGUCUGAAAUAUUCAAACUUCUUGCGACUCAAUCUUCAUGCACAAAACGAGAACUAUACUAUCGUGAUACGCAACUCACUCAUAACCAGCGAACCGUCGAUGAAGGUCUUCGAGAUGUGUGUUUCCUUUUAAAAGCUGAUUUGUGGGAGUUGAAUGUUUUCUCCUCCUCAAAAGGACUUGUAGCUGGACCAUUAAAGUUCCGUUCGAAACAUGACGAAAUGAUAGAUUGUUUCAAUUCUCUUGGGACACUAGUACCAACGGAUGUUAAUGGUUUGGUUGAAAUUAUAGUUGAUGCUGAUCUAUUAUUGAUAGUUGAGAAGGACACUGUUUUUCGGCGUUUGUUAGAUGAUGGAGUUCUCGAGCGACUUUCGAAGAAGAUAAUAAUUAUCACGAGUAAAGGCUAUCCGGAUGUAGGAACGCGUCUGCUGCUUAAUAAAAUAUGGAACAAAUACCACACUCCUAUGUACGCGCUGGUAGAUGCUGAUCCUUACGGAAUAGAAAUCUAUUGUGUGUAUAAAUUCGGAUCACUGGUAUGUUAUGAGUAGUGUUUUUUAUUCUAUUCAUGAGAAUAUUUCUUUUUCUCUAAGGCUCUGUCCCAUCUAUCGCACAACCUUGCGGUGCCUGCAAUUCGUUGGCUUGGAGUUCGACCAUCACACAUAACGUUGUUGGACCUGAAGCAGAUUCCACUCACGCAUCGCGAUCGAGCACGGAUCGAUGAGCUUCUGA